AUUUGCUAUUCGUCGCUGCUCUCGCGUUCAGUCCGGCAGUAUUCUAGCUGAUUCUGUGUGGGUGCUUGUGCCAUCGUACGGUAUCACAGGUUACCUCGCGUUCUGUGCUUGAUAUUCGGCUACGUCGUCUCUUCGUUUUCUAGAAAGGAGAAGAAGGUAAGAUGGAGAAGGGCUACAGCAAUAUGGAGGGCGGCUCCGGGACGUCGGAGCAGGUUGUCGACGCGAUCCAGUAUUUCACGGGAUGCCUGGGCAUGUCGCAGGCGCUCGGCGUGCUCACGAUCAUCCUGACGCUCGUGUGGACGUGCUACUACCGCGGCGGCUUCGCGUGGCACGACGACGUCGCCCACGAGUUCAACUACCACCCGCUGUUCAUGAUCCUCGGCCUCGUCUUCUUCUACGCCGAAGCUAUCCUCGUCUACAGGGUGUUCCGUAAUGUGAAGAAGCUCUACGUGAAGCUGCUGCACGCGUCCCUGCAUUUCCUCGCCAUCAUCUUCGUCAUCGUGGCGCUGAAGGCCGUGUUCGACUCUCACAACCUCGCCAAGCCGACGCCGCAUCCGAACCUGUACAGCCUGCACAGCUGGCUCGGUCUCAGCGUCGUGCUGCUGUUCGGACUGCAGUAUGUUUCAGGCUUUGUGAGCUUCUUAUUUCCAAAGCUGAGUCUGGCAUUACGUCAGUGGUACAUGCCCACACACGUGUUCUUCGGCAUCGCAAUCUUCCUCGGGGCCAUAGCUACAGCACUGAUGGGACUCACCGAGAAGCUGCUAUUCCUUAGGGGUGACAUGAGCACGUUCCGCACUGCCGAGGGCACGUUCAUCAACAUCCUUGGUCUGCUGCUGGUUGCCUUUGCUGGCCUCGUCAUCUAUCUGGUCAUCAACCCAAAAUACAAGCGUCAACCUCUUCCCGAAGAGGAGAUGAUUCAACUGAGUCAGGAUUAAGUAUGAAGCACACGUCUACGAACGCGUAUGUGUGGGUGUGUGUAUGUAUGUGUGACCUCAGAGGCCAGGUGAACAAAGAUGUUGUCUGUUACAAUAAUGGUUGCUCCGUGAUGUUGACUGUCGAAACUAGACAUUGGAUAAACUAUGAGUUGAUACUAUAUGCAGUGACUGCCAUUUAGAAAGAAGCAAAAUCUCACAUAAGUCAGCACAUUAUUUUAAGAAUCGUUUUAAUCCAUUUCUUGUACAGAUUCGUGGUCGUUUUCGAUCACCUCAUGGUUUAAACAUGCCCCUGCAUGCAAAGUAUGGCUCAUAGGGUCUAUGUCCCCCAGGGUACUGCCGGAACGUACCCUGGGUACGGUCCGGUAUACCAGAACGUACCCUGGGUACGUUCCGGCAGUACCCUGGGGGACAUAGCCCCUCUCAGCCACAGUAUGCUGUAGAAUUAGACCAGGCAACUCAGAAGUUUUCAACUCAGAUAGUAUUAUGAUCACGUUUUGACGAGCCAUUCAAAAUGGUUCUUCAGUACUCUGCAUUAUAGUUUUAAUAUUCUAGAUGGAUAUUUGGUUGAUGUCACUCGUUUUAUGUUAUGGCACUCACUGCUUCAGUAUCAAACAUGAUAACGAGUGUACUUAAUUAUAUAUUAAUAGCUGUUCCCAAAGUAUUCGUUUAGUUAUUAUAUUGAAAAUUGAUAUUUGGAAAAAUAGAUAUAUAUAUAGUGUUGUAGUUUUCUUGCACUAUAUUCAAUUCCUUUUUUUAUUGCGUAAUGAAGAUGAGUUGGAUUGAUUUUUGAAGUAGGAUAUUUUGUUAAUUAUGUCUACUCAUUACUUGGAUUAGUGAUGUAAAUUUAUGCCACAAUAAAAUGUGAGGAAUCUGGGGCUCAUUGCCAGAAUCAAAAUUGAUCUUAACAUUAGUUUUAACAUUGACUUUUUCUCAUGGACCAUUGACAGAAUUGUGGUAAUAUUUAGGGUUUCUCAUAUGGAGUAUAUGGAGGUCUAGUCUUCAGGAAAAAGUGUUAAGAUUACUAUUAUGAGUAGUUUUAUCUGGCAACAGUGCCUGUUCCUAACUCUAACCAAAUUUGGUACAUUUACAAAAUUACUUUACUUCUUGAUUGAUGGGAAAUAUAUUUAUGAUUGUUAAUGCUUACAAAUUAUAUGAUAAACGUAUUUUGUGUGAAAUUUGUGGAAUCGGUAUAAUGUUCUACGGCGUUUACUUAAAUAAAAAAUAUGUCACUACUAAAAAUGUAUAAAUUGCAAACCAUGAAAAUUGGGCCAUUUUCAAAGUUCAACUAUCUAUAAAACCUACAAUGGGAUACCCAUAACAUCUGCCAAAUUUAUGCCUAAUAUAAUAUAUAAUAUAAUAUGCCUAAUGUAUCAGUUAUGGUUUUAGUGAAUUUGAGUUUCAGAAAUAGACCAAUUUUCAACACUGGAGCUGUGCCUUUUAGUAGUGAUAUAUUUUUUCAUACAUGUAUUUAUUAUGGCCUGUUGUAUAAAGUCUAUAUAUUUUGUUCAGAAAAUUCUUGUAUUGAUGAAAUCUGAUCCCUGUAAAUACGAGUUUAUUUUUCGAAUUUGUGAGUUUGUGAUGAUCUUAGCUGGAAAGCAUAGAAAACAUUACGAUUCCACAUAGAUGCAUCAGUCAUGUGAUUGCAGUUGUUAACGUAUCUCAGUGGAAGAAAAACAUGCUAUGCAAAUUCCUCUACUUAGAGCACUAAUCACUUUAGAGCACACCGUUUAAUCACAAAUUAGAGCACACAGAAGCAUCCACAUCAUACUGACUUGCACGACAGUUUGUGUAGUUUACUUAGUUGUAGACAAGUGUUUUUUUUGUGAAGAAGGGCAAGUAAAGAAACUUUCCUGUUUAAGCUUACUUUACGUGUCCACAAUUUACGGUUACCGUAUGUUCAGGUCGUUUUAUUUGUCUUUACCGUUUAAAUAAUUGUACAAUGUGCAUGGCAUAUGUGUCAGUUUUGUUGAGCAGUUGUUGUUUUGCAUGUUAAGAAACGUGUUAUCAUUAUACCUCUACUUAUACGUAAUGUGUGUGAUGUAUAAAAUUAUAAAUUAUUCCAAAAUGGAUCGUUUGGGUUAGUCCCAUUGUCGUCACGCAAGGGGCACACGUUAAUAUGCUCUAUAUUGUUGUAAAGCUAUGAGAGGAAACAUGCAAGACUGCAAAAUUUAUGUUUGGCAAAUUAUGAGAGUUGUGAGUGGUAGCUAGUAUACUGCUGACAUCUGCUAAAUUCUUAGCCAUGCAGCUAGAAAUUGUUGUUUGUGUUUGUAUUGUAAAGUUAAUAAAACUGGUCUCACAUUAUUAAUAA